AUGCAGUGUGACGGAAUGGCAGAGAUGAGAAACCGUAAGGGGGUGUCUCUCCGACUUUCUCCUCCAUCUCUCCCUCUCUCUCUCUCUCUCUCUCUCUCUCUCUCUCUCUCUCAAGGGUGGCCUGGUUGUUUUCUCUAAUACAUUCCUUCAUUCCAAGACGGUACUGAUGUGAAGUCCUGUCACUUCUCUGCACUGCUUACUCUCUAUCUCCUCUGGUGAAAGCGCAACUUCUUUUUUUAUUUCUCUGCUAUUAUUACUGCCGCUAACUCUCAUUUAUUCCUUUCUUCCCCAUGCAGAUGUCCAGCUACAAGCGUGCAACGUUUGAGGAGGAGGAGGCGGCAGAUAUCUCAGCUGAUGGGGGCAUGUCUCCGGACAGUGUGGAGGUCAGUCUGAGCUCAGUUCCCCACUAAUGGUAAGGUACCCACGGGAAACUUCACCCCAGAGCAUUAUUACACAGAAUCUAGGUUUAAGGUGCUGUUAGAUUAUCCCAAUGAGCAGAAACAGAAAAUGCUUAAUGAAAGUACAGUUGAAGUCGGAACUUUACAUACACCUUAGCCUAAUACAUUUAAACUCAGUUUUUCACAAUUCCUGACAUUUAAUCCUAGUAAAAAAUCCCUGUCUUAUGUCAGUUAGGAUCACCACUUUAUUUUAAGAAUGUGAAAUGUCAGAAUAAAAGUAGAGAAUUAUUUAUUUCAGCUUUUAUUUAUUUAAUCACAUUCCCAGUGGGUCAGAAGUUUACAUACACUCAAUUAUUAUUUGGUAGCAUUGCCUUUAAAUUGUUUAACUUGGGUCAAACGUUUCGGGUAGCCUUCCACAAGCUUCCCACAAUAAGUUGGGUGAAUUUUGGCCCAUUCCUCCUGACAGAGCUGGUGUAACUGAGUCAGGUUUGUAGGCCUCCUUGCUCGCACACGCUUUUUCAGUUCUGCCCACACAUUUUUUAUAGGAUUGAGGUCAGGGCUUUGUGAUGGGCACUCCAAUACCUUGACUUUGUUGUCCUUAAGCCAUUUUGCCACAACUUUGGAAGUAUGCUUGGGGUCAUUGUCCAUUUGGAAGUCCCAUUUGCGACCAAGCUUUAACUUCCUGACUGAUGUCUUGAGCUGUUGCUUCAAUAUAUCCACAUAAUUUUCCUUCCUCAUGAUGCCAUCUAUUUUGUGAAGUGCAUCAGUCCCUCCUGCAGCAAAGCACCCCAACAGCAUGAUGCUGCCACCCCAGUGCUUCACGGUUGGGAUGGUGUUCUUCGGCUUGCAAGGUACCCCCUUUUUCCUCCAAACAUAACGAUGCUCAUUAUGGCCAAACAGUUCUAUUUUUGUUUCAUCAGACCAGAGGACAUUUCUUCAAAAAGUACGAUCUUUGUCCCCAUGUGCAGUUGCAAACCGUAGUCUGGCUUUUUUAUGGCAGUUUUGGAGCAGUGGCUUCUUCCUUGCUGAGCGGCCUUUCAGGUUAUGUCGAUAUAGGACUUGUUUUACUGUGGAUAUAGAUACUUUUGUACCUGUUUCCUCCAGCAUCUUUACAAGUUCCUUUGCUGUUGUUCUGGGAUUGAUUUGCACUUUUCGCACCAAAGUACGUUCAUCUCUAGGAGACAGAACGCGUCUCCUUCCUGAGCGGUAUGAUGGCUUUAUGGUCCUAUGGUGUUUAUACUUACAUACUAUUGUUUGUACAGAUGAACGUGGAGUUGGGAAAUUGCUCCCAAGGAUGAACCAGACUUUUUUUCUGAGGUCUUUGCUGAUUUCUUUUGAUUUUCCCAAGAUGUCAAGCAAAGAGGCACUGAGUUUGAAGGUAGGCCUUCAAAUACAUCCACAGGUACACCUCCAAUUGACUCAAAUGAUGUCAAUUAGACUAUCAGAAGCUUCUAAAGCCAUGACAUCAUUUUCUGGAAUUUCCAAGCUGUUUAAAGGCACAGUAUGAAACUUCUGACCCACUGGAAUUGUGAUACAGUGAAUUAUAAGAGAAAUAAUCUGUCUGUAAACAAUUGUUGGAAAAAUUACUUUUGUCAUGCACAAAGUAGAUGUCCUAACCGACUUGCCAAAAAUACUUGUUUGUUAACAAGAAAUUUGUGGAGUGGAUGAAAAACUAGUUUUAAUGACUCCAACCUAAGUGUAUGUAAACUUCCGACUUCAACUGUAUGAUUUUAUGUGGGAAGCACUGGAGUCCACAUGGGCCAUCAUCCCUGUGGAAUGCUUUUGACACCUUGUAGAGUCCCUGACGAAUUGAGGCUGUCCUGAGGGCAAAAGGGGGGGUUCAACUCAAUAUUAGGAAGGUGUUCCUAAUGUUUGGUAUACUCAAUGUAUAUGGCACUUCUGGGUGUAAAUAGCUAAUAUAUGUUCAGGCAGGUGACCAAAAAAAUACUCCUGGUUUGGGUAGUGCCUUUCAGACUUUAAUGUCAAUCCCUGAGUCACAUAUACUAUUCCCAUUUUACAUUUAAAUUGACAUUUUAGUCAUUUAGCAGAUGCUCUUAUCCAGAGCGACUUAAAGUUAGUGCAUUCAUCUUAAGACGGCUAAGUGGGACAACUACAUAUCUCAGUCAUAGUAAUUACAUUUUUCCUCAAUGAAGUAGCUAUCAGCAAAGUCAGUUCUAGUAAUUGUAUUUUUAUUUUUAAUCCCCACCCAAGACCGGGGUUCAAUCCUCACAUCCACCCUUCCUAAGUGCAAAAUAAUGUCCUUUUUUCUUUUACUGUUUACAUUUUCUUGAACUACACUAAAUUGAUACUUCAUAGUAGUCCCUCAUGAAACACUGAAUGCCAAAUCGAGAGCUGGCCGGUAUUCUUGCAAAAUUGGGUUCUCGGUUCCGAAAUUAACUUUAUAGUGAUAUUUCAUUAAUUAGAAAGUCACUCUGAAAGAGGAAUGGAUUAAAUAUAUAUAUAUAUAUACAGUGCAUUCGGAGAGUAUACAGACCCUUCCCUUUUUCCACAUUUUGUUACGUUACAGUCGUAUUAUAAAAUUGAUUUUUUUUUAAAUAUCAUCAAUCUACACACAAUACUCCAUAAUGACAAAGCGAAAACAUGUUUUUCAAAAUGUUUAAUAUUACAAAAAUACGAUUAAAAAAUAUAUCUUAUUUACAUUGGUAUUCAGACCAUUGGCUAUGAGACUCGAAAUUGAGAUCAGGUGCAUUCUGUUUCCAUUGAUCAUACUUGAGAUGUUUCUACAACUUAAUUGGAGUCCACCUGUGGUAAAUUCAAUUGAUUGGACAUGAUUUGGAAAGGCACACACCUGUCUAUAUAAGGUCCCACAGUUGACAAUGCAUGUCAGAGCAAAAACCAAGCCAUGAGGUCGAAGGAAUUGUCCGUAGAGCACCAAGACAGGAUUGUGUCGAAGCACAAAUCUGGGGAAGGGUACCAAAAAAGUUCUGCAGCAUUGAAGGUCCCCAAGAACACAGUGGCCCCCAUCAUUCUUAAAUUGAAGAAGUUUGGAACCGCCAAGACUCUUCCUAGAGCUGGCCGCCCGGCCAAACUGAGCAAUCGGGGGAGAAUGGCCUUGGUCAGGGAGGUGACCAAUAACCCGAUGGUCACUCUGAUAGAGUUCCAGAGUUCCUCUCUGGAGAUGGGAGAACCUUCCAGAAUGACAACCAUCUCUGCAGCACUCCACCAAUCAGGCCUUUAUGGUAAAGUGGCCAGAUGGAAGCCACUCCUCAGUAAAAGGCACAUAACAGCCCACUUGGAGUUUGCCAAAAGGCUCCUAAAGGAGUCUCAGACCAAGAGAAACAAGAUUCUCUGGUCUGAUGAAACCAAGAUUGAACUCUUUGGCCUGAAUGCCAAUCGUCACAUCUGGAGGAAAUCUGGCACUAUCCCUACGGUGAAGCAUGGUGAUGGCAGCAUCAUGCUGAGGGGAUGUUUUUCAGCGGCAGGGACUGGGAGAAUGGUCAAGAUCGAGGGAAAGAUGAACAGAGCAAAGUACAGAGAGAUCCUUGAUGAAAACCUGCUCCUAAGUGCUCAGGACCUCAGACUGGGGUGAAGGUUCACCUUCCAACAGGACAACGACCCUAAACAGACAGCCAAGACAACGCAGGAGUUGCUUCGGGACAAGUCCCGGAAUGUCCUUGAGUGGCCCAGCCAGAGCCCGGACUUGAACCCCAUCAAACAUCUCUGGAGAGACCUGAAAAUAGCUGUGCAGCGACACUCCCCAUCCAACCUGACAGAGCUUGAGAGGAUCUGCAGAGAAGAAUGGGAGAAACUGUCACAGAUCCCCCUGGUACUGCUGCUCAUUCCAUUCACCAGCUCCGGAGGUCUACGUCACCAGCCUUCUAGGCGUCACUGACCUGGUUCAUUACCACCAACCCCAGACUGUCUUGUCUCAUUACGCACACCUUAAUUCCCCCUGAUUAAUAUGUGUAUAUAUGUGCCCUCUGUUCCCCAUUGUCCUUGUCGAUUAUUGUCCCAUGACCGUUGGUCUCGUGAGUACCGUGUAUUGUGCUCUUGUUGUUACUGGUCUCGUCCCGUGUAUUGUGUAGUGGUUUACACCUCGCUUUUUUGGGGGGUUACAUCCCUUUGUUAUAUAUAUAUAUAUAUAUAUAUAUAUACGUGUUUGUUUUGGGCUUCGUCCCCGCCGUUUUUCAUGACGUACCUUGUUGGGUGGAGUAAAUAAAACCCCUAAUACGUAUUCCUGCGCCUAUCUUCUAAUCAUUAUACAACGUGACAGAAUAAUCAACCUAUAAAAAUGGAGACAGUGAGAAAGGCCGAGCUGGCGACCAUCGUAGAGACAGUCCAGCAUCACAAGGACUGUCUCUCCAGACUCAGCAGCGCCAUGGACAGCGUGCUGGCAACCAUCCUGCGGUUGGAGGGGAAAGUGCAGUCCCUCCAGUCUCCAGCACCGGUUCCGGCACCAGCCCCUAUGCCACCACUACCUGCCUCCGUCCCAUCCGAGCCAGUCAGCGGAAUUCCCCUGUCACUCCUGGAGUGCUUUGACGGCACAUUAGCGAGAUACAAGGUUUUCCUUCUGCAGUGCUACCUUUACCUCGUUCUCUACGCCGAGGCUGUCUCCGGGAGGGACAGGGUUGCCACAGUCAUCUUGGCACGGACCGGACGGGCCCUGGACUGGGGUGCCGUGGUCUGGAAGACGCGCGGACUCGAGGUCGAGUCCUACGAGCGCUUCACCCUCCUCUUCCGCUCGGUGGAGGCCGCUCGAUCAUCCUGUGGAGGGCCAAGAUGGGGGUGAGUGUCUACUCCGACUACGCCAGGGAUCUAGGACCGCCUCGGAGUUCUCCCUGGAGUUCCGGACCAUCGCGGCCUCCAAUGGAUGGAACGAGUCGGCUCUGGUCACCGUUUUCCGCAGUGGACUGCAGGAGGCAAUACAGAUGGAGUUAGCCUGCCGUGAUGACAACCUGUCACUCGACCAGCUCAUCAGCAUGGCAAUGCGGUUGGACAACCACCUGUGGUCCCGACGAAGACCUGGGCGGAAUCCGGAGCCCAUGGCUACACCUGCUCCGUGGCCAGAGCCGAUGGAGGUGGGCUCUGCACUUUUGCCCGAGGCAGAGCGUAGGAGAAGGAGGAAUCUGGGCCUAUGCUCCUAUUGUGGUGAAAGGGGUCAUUUCUCCCCGAUCUGCCCUCUAUCCACUAAUAGGCAAAGAGGCGAGAAGCCAGGGAUCUCCUCUCCUUCUCUGUCAACUCAACCAGUGUGUUUUUCCAUUAAAUUCCCUGAAUACCCAAACCCCUCACUCCCGUUAGCUCUGAUUGAUUCUGUAGCUGUUGGGAAUCUUUUAGAUAGCACACUGGCCACUGCAUUAUGCAUUCUGUUGGUUCCCUUAAAGUCACCCAUUCCGGUUCGAGCCCUGGAUAAUCGUCCAAUAGGCACAGGGCUCGUACAUCAGAUCACUGUUCCUGUUUCUCUGCUCACCCAUGACACUCAUUUAGAACAGAUCACCUUUUUGAUUAUAGAUACCCACACGCACCCCGUUGUUUUAGGUCUCCCCUGGUUGAGUUGGCAUAACGCUGUUAUUUGCUGGUCCGAGAGGAGACUGCUGGGUUGGUCGCAGGAGUGUCAGGGUAGGUGUCUGGCGGUGUCUGUCAACACCACUACAAUGGAAAGUCCGGACCACACCACUCAAGUGGAUUUACCGGAGGAAUACCAGGAUCUGGACCGGGUUUUCUCUAAAACCCAGGCUACAUGCCUGCCUCCUCAUUGCCCCUGUGACUGUGCCAUUGACCUUCUGUUUGACGCAGUCCUCCCGAGAGGAUAUGUCUAUCCCCUCUCCUACGCGGAGACCGAGGCAAUGAGACCUACAUAAAGGAGAGCCUCCAGCAAUCUGGUGCGCAUUCAUGCAGGAGACAAAUAGAAAACUGCCUUUUCGACGACCACGGGGCAUUACGAGUAUCUCGUAAUGCCCAUUGGCUUGUCUAAUGCUCCUUCAGUCUUCCAGGCCUUUAUUAACAAAGUGUUUCGGGACAUGCUGGAAAGGGUGUAGGGGUUUAUAUAGACAACAUUUUGGUCUAUUCUGCUGACCGAGCCAAGCAUGUCUCAUUAGUCAGGUCUGUGCUGAGAAGACUGUUGGAGCAUAAUCUCUAUGUUAAACAAGAAAAAUUAUUGUUUUUCCAGUGGUCCGUGUCCUUCUUGGGCUACCUCAUAUCCACGGAGGGAGUGGAGAUGGAGGAGCAAUGCGUCAGCGCAGUCAGGUCAUGGCCCAUCCCCAACUCUGUGAAAGCAGUCCAGCGAUUUCUGGGGUUUGCCAACUAUUUCCGGAAGUUCAUCCGGGCCUUCAGCACGGUGGUCACAUCUCUUACCUCCCUGCUGAGAGGAGGUCCCCAGUGGCUUCGUUGGACAGCGGAGGCAGAGAGGGCGUUCGAGAUGCUGAAGGCACGCUUCACCACUGCUCCCGUGCUGGCACAUCCCGACCCCUCACUCCCCUUCAUCGUCGAGGUGGAUGCCUCCGAAGUAGGAGUCGGGGCAGUGCUGUCCCAGCGCACCUGAAUCCUUCCAAAACUGUGGCCCUGCAACUUCUACUCCAAGUAGCUGAGCCCCGCCCAGAGGAACUACGACAUAAGGGACCGGGAACUUGGUGGUCAAGAAGGCUCUGAAGGCGUGGAGGCACUGGCUGGAGUGGUCCAAACACUCUUUCCUGGUGUGGACGGCGGACCACCACAACCUUGGCUAGGGACGUCUGGGUUUACAUAUCUUCCUGCUCCAUCCGUGCCCAGUCUAAGAUACCCAGACACCUCCCUUAUGGAAAGCUCCUUCCCCUGCCGGUUCCACAACGACCCUGGUCUUACCUCUCGGUGGACUUUGUCACUGACCUUCUCCCCUCCCAGGGGAACACCACCGUUCUCGUCGUUGUCGACCGGAUUUCCAAAGCUUGUCACCUCCUUCCACUACCUGGGCUCCCGUUGGCCAUGCAAACUGCAGACGCUCUUUUUACACACGUCUUCCGGCAAUACGGGAUCCCGGAGGACAUUGUGUCAGACCGCGGUCCUCAGUUCACCUCACGCGUAUGGAAAGUGUUCAUGGAACGCCUGGUGGUCACGGUCAGUCUCACCUCCGGGUGCCAUCCUCAAGCUAAUGGGCAGGUGGAGAGGGUCAAUCAGGAAGUGAGCAGGUUCCUGAGGUGUUACUGUCAGGACUGGCCGGGGGAGUGGGCGGAUUUUCUACCUUGGGCUGAGUACGCGCAGAAUUCCCUCCACCACUCCUCCACUAACCUCACUCCUUUCCAGUUCGUGUUGGGGUAUCAGCCAGCCCUGGCACCUUGGCAUCCGAGCCAGAACAAGGCCAUUGCGGUGGAUGAGUGGUUUCGGCACACUGAGGAGAUCUGGAACGCUGCGCACACUCGUCUCCAACGGGCCGUGGUCGGCACAAGGAACAGGCCGACCUCACUGCAGUGAGGCGCCUGUUUUCUCUCCAGGCAACCGGGUCUGGCUCUCCACCCGGAACCUGCCCCUCCGCAUGCCCUUCCGGAAGCUGAGCCCGCGGUUUGUGGGGCCAUUUAAUGUCCUGACCAGGGUUAAUGAGGUAACGUACCGUUUGCAACUCCCUGCUGAUUACCGCAUUAACCCGACUUUUCAUGUGUCUCUCCUCAGGCCAGUGGUGCCUGGUCCCCUCGCUGAGGCUGGACCCAGUGACACCCCGCCUCCUCCUCUAAACUUCGAGGGAGGUCCGGCAUACUCGGUCCGUGAAGUCCUGGAUUCGAAGCAUCGAGCGGGGCGUCUCCAAUACCUCAUCAACUGAGUGGGGUACAAUCCAGAGGAGCAGUGCUGGGUUCCUGCGGUGGACAUCCUGGACGUUUCACUGACCAGGGAUUUUCACCGUCGGCGCCCUGACAGAAGACUGUCUUGUCUCAUUAUGCACACCUGGUUCCCAUUCCCCCUGAUUAAUAUGUGUAUAUAUGUGCCAUCUGUUCCCCAUUGUCCUUGUCGAUUAUUGUCCCAUGACCGUUGGUCUCGUGAGUACCGUGUAUUGUGCUCUUGUUAUUAUGGGUCUCAUCCCAUGUAUUGUGUAGAGGUUUACACCUCGCUCUUUUGUUUGGGUUACAUCCCUUUGUUAUAUAUACACGUGUUUGUUUUGGGCUUCGUCCCCGUCGUUUUUCAUGAUGUACCUUGUGUUGGGUCGAGUAAAUAAAACCCCUAAUACGUAUUCCUGCGCCUGUCUUCUAAUCAUUAUACAACGUGACAGAAAAUCCCAAAAUACAGGUGGGCCAAGCUAGUAGCGUCAUACCCAAGAACACUCGAGGCUGUAAUCACUGCCAAAGGUGCUUCAAAAAAGGACUAAAUAAAGGGUCUGAAAACUUAUGUAAAUGUGAUAUUUCAGUUUGUUUAUUUGAAUAAAUUUGGUAAAAUGUCUAAAAACCUGUCUUUGCUUUGUUAUUAUGGGGUAUUGUGUGUAGAUUGAUGAGGGGGAAAAAACAAUUAUCAAUUUUAGAAUAAGGCUGUAACAUAACAAAAUGUGGAAAAAGUCAAUACUUUCCGAAUGCACUGUAUAUAUUUAUUUUGACAGUAUGGAAAUCAGAAGGGGGUACAGGCAGGUGGGGAAAGAACGGUGGGAAGGGUAGACUUGAACCCCAAACUCCAAUGGGGAGAUUUAUAUAUGUGACAUGUGCCAGGAGUGUUACACCUCAACCACAGCUCUGCACAAACGGAUGCCCUCUUGACUAUGUCUGUGGUACUUGUGAUGUCAUCCCAACAUCUCUUCUGUCUCUGACUCAUGUGUUUCCACAGGUUGGCUUCCGGAAGGGCGGCAUCCAGCUCCUUGGUCCUAUGGGCAGGAGGACGCAAAUGGAGGUGGUGCUGGCUGGCGUGCUGCUCUCCUCUCUCCUCGCCCUGUUCGGAUGUGCCGUCACGCUGGGCAUGCACUACAACAAAGGUGAGAAGCCUUUGGUUACACACACUCACGCAUGCAUGAACACAAAUACACACCCACACACACAAGCAAGCACACACACACACGGGUUAUGUCUUAUAAUAAGGCUUAUAAUAUGUUAUGUCUCCCUGUGUAUCAACAUUUCAACUGGCUGGUGUUUAGCAGUGUCAUUAUGAGUGAUUAUUAAGACAUUAUGGAGUCAUACAUGCUUGUGACAAAAGUAUUGUGAACUUGCAUUAUAACCACAUCAUGAAGCAUUAUACUGUACCUUUAUAAACCAUUACAGAAUUCUGUUUUUCUGCCUUGACACCAGACCCAGCGCGGAGCCUGUGUCUGACUGAGGCCUGUAUUACGGUGGCCAGUAAGAUCGUAGAGGCCCUGGACCGCAGCGCUGACCCCUGCCAGGACUUCUACCAGUACGCCUGUGGGGGCUGGGUCCGCAAAAACCCCCUCCCUGACGGACGCUCUCGCUGGAGCACCUUCAACAGCAUCUGGGACCAGAACCAGGCUGUCCUCAAACACCUGCUGGGUGAGUUGGAACCAAAUACACAAUACACAGACACACUCACACACAAACACAUACAGUACACACACGUAUAUACUGUAAACAUACCGUAUUACCGUAUCAAAAAAGAGCACGAUUUCGUGACAAUGUUGACAGUGUUGGGAGUGUGUUGGCAAUGUGUUAACAGUGUUGACAGUUUUGAAAGGUGGAAGUGUUGACAGGCCUGGUUCUAGUUUAUUUGCUGGUCUGUUCAGGUCAGCAUAUAGAGCCUGGUCCCAGAUCUGUUGGGGCUGUAUGGCCAAACUCUUGACAGCACAAACAGGUCUGGGACCAGGGCAUGCCAGAUUGAAUAAUGGCCCACCCAAUCAAGCGGACUUAAAAUAUAUUACAAAAAUACAAUAAAUGAACUUGAUUCAUUGGUUGUAUUGUCUCCUGACUCAUCAGAACGGUUGAAAAUACAGUAGGAGGUUCCUGGGAUCUAAUUGGUUAUAUAGCAAUCAUAUGGUAAAUCAGAAGCCUACAGUUGAAGUCCACAAUUUGGGCAGCACGCGCGGGCAAAUAUAAAAUAGCUGAUUGUCGAGUUGAGGCUGUCAGUGAGAAGCAUCUAAAAUAGCCCUAGGCCUAUUGCAACAUUUAAAAGUUCAAUCACGGAACGAACACAAAAGUCAGAAUGAUCCAAGAAUUGUAGUGUACACUGUAAAAAAAAAAAUCCUAUUGUUUUUACAGUAUCUUACUGGCAGCCAGUAGUUUAUUCCCAUUAGUAGGCUACACCAGGACCUAUCUCUUGGCACUAGUGGAGUGCGUCAACCAUAUUCCUGGUGAGUGCACAUAUUCACGGUCUUUAUCAUUGGGUGAGGCAGUCACUGGAACGUUUAGGCCUAGAUUAGAUGGUUGCAUUCAAGACGAGGUCGUUUUUAUUGAUCUCCGUUUGUCAGUAUCAGCAGAGUAGGACUAUCCUGUCAUUUUUGUAGUAUGCCUAUUAUUAAAGAUUAUGAUAGUGUCGUAGAAUUGCAUGAAAUGUAUUUAUAAAUGGCAAAAAAAUUCCUGGAUCCUCCUAAAAUGUUUUCCUCUAGCCGGGGCUGAGCUGCUUCCCCAAAUAUGAAAGUCAUCUAUGAUAUUGUAGCCUAUUUCAUUAUGUUUGUUUACUGUUGGACUCGGACAGUCGGCCUGUUUUUUCCAGCGGUGUUGUAACUUGUGUAGUUGCGCUGCCUACUUGCCAAUCCCUUUGUGGUGUUUCUUGGUCACAUUUAUCCUGUGUUGUGUUAAAUUAUGCAAUGUGAUUGCACUAAUUUUCACUUAAAUUCGUUGGGGUAUUUUUGCUGGAAAAUGUUGGCCCAGUCACUUUUACUCAUGCCCAGCCACAUGGCAAUUUCUGCCUACGCCACUGGACCAGGCUAGUCAGCAUCUACAGUGCUGUGUGGUUUCUGAGGCCAGCUGAUUCAGCUUGCCUUGCUAAGUGGGCAGACCAGGGAUGUGUCCCGAGUGGCACCCUAUUCCCUUUAGUGGCACCCCAUUACCUUUUGCCCUUGUGCACUAUGAAGGGAAUAGAGUGCCAGUUGGGACAGAACCCAGACCUGUGGCUGAGGGCCACUCACAGUGCAGUUCUGGUGAAUACCUUGCUGCCUCCGGUGCAUGCAGAACUUUAUGCUCCAUUGAAUGUUAAAUUAAAACUAUUCCCUACUGGGAUGCCAGCCUCACUCCACUGUACCAGAGGUUACUGUGACACUUUCAGCCCUACUAGUGGGAGAGCCACUGAAGCUUAAAGAGCGUGUGUUUGUGUGUGUGUGUGUGUAUGCUUGUGUGUGCAUGUGUGUAUGCUUCUGUGUGUACUUGUGUGUAUGUGUGUGUGUACCAGAGGUUAAUGUGACCCUGUUUGUUCCCCUUUAGCUGCCCUACUAGCAGGAGAACCACUGAAGCUUAAAGAGGGAGUGUGUGUGUGUAUGCUUGUGUGUGCAUGCGUGCAUGUGUGUAUAUUUGUUUGUGCUUGUGUGUGUACUUGUGUGUAUGUGUGUAUAUCCGUACAGUGAACAAUAUUAUGCUUGUCCGAAUGUGAUUGUGUUAGCGAUUCAGAAGAGAGAUAUGGCUUUCUCCCAGUAGUCUGUUUUGAUGCUGCUUGUCAACGGUGCCUUUUUGUUCGACCAUACAGAGAAAAAACAAACAGCACUUAAUGAACUGUGCGCUGGUUUAGAAUUACUCCUCGUCAACAACAGUCAGGAAGCAGUGUCUGGCUGAGGGCUUGUCCCAAAUGGCACCCUAUUCCCUAUUUAGUGCACUACUUUUGAAUAGGGUGCCAUUUGUGACGUAACCUGAGUUGUCCUCUCAGUAAAGUGUGUGUGCGUGUUGUCCUCUCAGUAAAGUGUGUGUGCGUGCGUGCGUGUGCAUAUGUGCAUGCGUGCAUACAAGCUUGGGUGCUUGUGUGUGUGUGGGAUGCUGCUAACUUAAUAGCAGAAUAUUCCAGCUCUGAGUCUUUUCAUUUAAUUAAGUCUGCAACCAUCAGUGUGAGAUGGACCAGACCAUCCUUUGAGGUCACGUCAUAAAAAAUAAUAAUAUAUAUAUUGUUGACAAAAGGGCAUGAGUUAUAGCUUCUGUAUGAUAAUUAAUUUAUCUGUUCUGCAGCGCUGGCCGGUCAUAUUUCAGCAGUGUGUGCGUUGCCAUGACAGCAGUGCUUCAGAGCGAAUGACGAUAUGCAGCUUUGGCGAGCAUGUGACUAAAAAACGAUCCUACCACAUCCUGUCUUCGAUCUCCUCCUCUCGUUCUCAACACCUUUCUUCAUGUUUUUUACUCACUUGUUUCACAUGUCAUUUCCCCUGUGGGUAGCACUCUAAAGCUUGCUGCUUAAAACCCCUAACUUCCUAUCUCUCUCCCCCAUCUUUCUCGUUCUCGCUACCUCUCCCUCUGCUCUCUGUCUCGUUCUCUCUCCCUGACUCUCUCCCAUCUCGCUCUUUCUCACUCUCCCUCUAUCUCGCUCUCUUUCUUUAGGGCGGCAGGUAGCUUAGUGGUUAAGAGCGUUGUGCCAGUAACCGAAAGGUCGCUGGUUCUAAUCCCCGAACCGACUAGGUGAAAAAUCUGUCGAUGUGCCCUUGAGCAAGGCACUUAACCCUAAUUGCUCCUGUAAGUCGCUCUGGAUAAAAGCGUCUGCUAAAUGACUAAUUAUUAUUAUUAAUUAUUAUUAUUAUUAUUAUAAUUAUUUCUCUCCAUUUCCUUCUCUCUGGAUCUUCAGUGUUUAUUUUUUCCAUUGAUGCAGAUGAAGGCUGCCCACUAAAAACAGAUGGUUCUAUAUAGUGCCAAAUAAGGGUUAUUUGGCUUAUAACCUUAGUGGAUCCCUUUUUGCUGCUAUAUGGAAACUUUUUUUGAAGAUUCUAUAAAGAACCCUUUCCUAAGGUAAAAAAACCUAUAUAGAACGCUUUUUUAUGGUUCUUUAUAGAACCUUUAUGGAGAAUGGUUCUAUAAAGAACCUUUCUCAAUCUCAAAGGUUCUUUGUAGAACUAUAUAUGGGUAUUAAUUCUGGUUCAAUAGCCAUAUUAUAUUGUUAAAAUUCCAUAGGUUUUAUUAUUAUGUUUAUUAACAAGUUGAGUAAGGUGUGCUAGCUCUGGAACGGCUGGGGGUCCCUGAGGAGAGAAUUGAGAGCUACUGACUUAGUCAACCGUUCAAAAUUGACACAAGGCCAUACGUGAGUCUUUCAGAAGACACCAUCACUGGCCAUAGUCAUAUACUGUAUGUGUGUGUGUGUGUGUGUGUGUGUGUGUCCCAACCAGCCCCCAGCUCCCUAACUGCCAGAUCAGUCAGCCAUGGUUCAACCGCGGUUUAACUGUCCAUGACAUCCUGUUAUUUGCUUCAAACCUGUCCUCAUCUCCUGUCAUGGUAAUUCACUUACAGUGAGGGAAAAAAGUAUUUGAUCCCCUGCUGAUUUUGUACGUUUGCCCACUGACAAAGAAAUGAUCAGUCUAUAAUUUUUAUGGUAGGUUUAUUUGAACAGUGAGAGACAGAAUAACAACCAAAAAAUCCAGAAAAACGCAUGUCAAAAAUGCUAUAAAUUGAUUUGCAUUUUAAUGAGGGAAAUAAGUAUAUAUAUAUAUAUAUAUGUCUUUGUCAGUGGGCAAACGUACAAAAUCAGCAGGGGAUCAAAUACUUUUUUUCCUCACCGUAUACUGUAAAAAAUAAAAAGUUAAUUUAACUAAUUAUUAUUUAGUAACUGGUUCCACUGCCUUUUUUAGUUUACUUAACUUUUCUGUCAGUGUUACCUGAACUUAACAUUUUUCAUUGGCCCAAAUUUAGAUCCAAAAUUAAAAUAGUGCUUUUAACAUACAAUGUUUUCAAUUUACGUAUUUGACACACGUUGACACAUAUUAUUACAUUGAGCAUGAUCAUUUAUAAAGUAGUUAUUAUUCAACAUGUCCUCACCUGGGAUUGGAACUCACAACCAGUUGGUUCACAGCAUUCCAAUCUUCUUACUGUGCCAUCAUUACUGUGGAUGACUUUUUUCACCUGAAUUCCUACACUUUGCACUUCAAAGUAAGUCUCAGCUCUGUUAAAAGUACAUUCAAGAAAAACUAUUUUAUUUAUCAUAGUGAUAAAGGAGUAACAUUAAAACCGAAAAUAAGUAAAUCAAAUCAAUUAUGAGAGAAUAGUCAGAUUAACUGAUAACUGGCACAGACAUGGUGGCAUAGCAGGAAGAUCAGAAUGCCAUGAACCAAGAGGUUGUGAGUUCAAAUCCAGACAAGGACAUGUUGAAUAAUAUUUACUCUAUAAAUGAGCAUGCACAAUGUCAACGUGACAAAUAUGUAUGUUGAAAACAAUGUAUUUUAAAAGCACUGUGGGCGUCCCUAACCUAAUUUUUCUCAAAACCAAAUGUUUCUCAAGUUGGAGCUUUGGGCCAACUAAACUUUUUAAGUUCAGUUAACACUUUGACUGAAUAGUUGAAUAAACUUAACAAGGCUGUGGAACUACCUACUAAAUAAAUAUUAGCUGAAUCAACUCAUUUUUUUUAAUUUUUUACAGUGUAUAUAGAAGGAAAUGACAGGUCUUGUCUCUGCCUCACACAAUCACAUUGUUCACCUCCUCCUCAUCCAUCUUCUCCUCUUGUUCCCUCCCCCUCUUUUCCCCUCCUUUAGAGAACGGCACGUUCAACUCCAGCAGCGAUGCCGAGAAGAAGACUCAGUACUACUACCUGUCCUGCCUCAACGAGCAGCACAUCGAGGAGCUGGGAGCCACGCCUCUCAUUGACCUCAUCGCAAAGGUCAGCUUGAUUUGCUCUCUGGGCCUGCUGGGUAGGCUGAGUUGUACCUUCAGACACAUGAAAUGGUUCAAAAUGGGAGCACUUUGUCUUCCCGGCGCUAGUGCUGCUGAAUCAAGUGCACCUACCGCCAACAGCGCGACACAAAUAAAUAAAAAAAUAGGAAUGCAAGGCUUUAUUGUUGGUUUUUUUACGGAAAUGUUUGGUGAUCGACUAGGAAUGCGUUAGAGAUUGACCGGUUGGUGACCACUGCUCUAGGCCAUGCCUACACCAAUCCAGUGCUUUUACAUUUGUGGGGAGUAAUGAACAAGAGCACACUUCAGGAGGAAGGAGAUAUUAUUGGGACACAACCAACCACGCACUCCAUGAAGCCUUGAAGGUAGUAAUGAGCGAUGAACAGACGAAUAGUUCUGUUUUUUCUGAGCCCAAUGCACCAUUUCUCUGGAGAGAAAUCUAGUCAAUAACUAUUUGGGACGCUGGGCUGAAGGGAGUUGUAGUUUUCAUUAAGCAAAUAUUCAACCUAGUUUAGCGUAGAAACAUGGUAAUUAACUACCAUGACCAUAAUCCAUUGCGCCUGUUUUUUCAGCUCAGAGAUGGAUACACUUAUACGCCUACUACAUUCUACGUUAGGUUAGAUACACACAGACUGCAUAGACCGCAUGAGAGAGGAAUGUACACAACACAAGGAUUAAAGAGAGGGAUAGUGUAUGCCAUCUCUACUUUGAAGAACUAGUAAAAUGAUUGUCAGACAGUUCUGCAGCAUGUUUAGGCAGGCUAGCUUAGCUAAAUAGGAUGACUAAAGACAGUACAGUAUGAGGAGCACAGAGAUAACAUUGUCUGUCUGUUUGGCUGCUACUGCCUGAGCAGAGAUGAGAUGAUGACUUUAAGGAAUGAAAAAUAAUAAAGUCAGCUAAGUAAUAUACACAAUUGAAAUAUUGUAUUAUUUCAUAGUAAUUUUCUAUUUUUUAUUGAUGUCUCCCCAAUGUGUAGGUACCUGACAGUGACAAUGGAAUAUUUGUAAUGUUUUGGCAAUUGAAUGUUCAAUAUUUUUGGCUUUGGAAUUGUAAUUAAAAGCUCUAAAAUCAUGUUUUUAAAAAAGUAAUCGAAAACCAUGAUAAUUAGUUUUAAAGAAGAAAGGAAUAAAGAAAGAAAUAGCUAUAAAUUCACUGUCCUCUUUCUAAUCUAAUCUGAGAACUGAAGUGAUGGCUGCUGAGAAGCAGCUUGAAGUACCGGCUCGUCUGUCUCCUGUCUUAUUUCUACCAGGUGGCAGGUUUGAGGGAGAUUGGAAAUUGAAGAACACAAGCUGUAGAAAUAGGACUGGGUGUGAUUGAUGUGUGUGUGCCUUCUUACUCCAAUCCUGUGACAAGACGCCAUUUAUCUGACUAUACGAUUUUAAUAUGUGUGUGUGUUCCUGGAGGUGUCAUGUUGUUUUGUCUUUAAUGUGCAAAGGAAUAAAAUGACAAAUUAUUAAUCGGAAAGAAAAUGCUAUACUAUACUGUAGUGAUAAAUCAAAAUGCUCUGGGGUGAGGUUUUCCCCCUAGCAUUAGUGGGGGAAAAUGCAAAACUGACCCAAAAACAGCGUCUAGGGGCAACUUCAUCUUAUACCAAUAAAAAUAAUAAUAGAUGUAUCUCUGUGUCUCUGAGCUUGUCGUCCCUCUGUUUUUUUUGUGUGUGUCUGUGUGUUUUUGUGUGUGUGUGUGUGUGUGUGUUUGCAGACAGGGGGCUGGAACAUCACGGGGCCCUGGGAGAAGGACAACUUUAUGGAGGUGCUGAAGACAGUGUCGGGCCCCUACCAUGCACAGCCCUUCUUUACCAUCGGAGUCAGCGUGGACCCCAAGAACUCCAACAGCAACGUCAUCCAGGUCAGCUGCUCUGGCUCUGGCUCUUUUGAAAUGAAAAUACAUGUACUAGCACACACACAUAAACACAUAGGCGCAUGCAUGCAUAGACACACAGUGGUAAAGUGGUAUGGUUCCCCUGUUGCUCUUUCCUGAGUCAUAAACUAAACUGUGGGGAUUCAUUUGUUUGAAAAGUGAUAGAUAUGCACAUCUAAUAUUUUUUUAACAGGUGCCGAAUAUGACAGUGAAUGGACUCUGCACAUUGCAAUUCAUUCUCCCUUAUGAUUAGUGUGUUUGCUCACCUGUUGAUGCAUUUCUGCCAGGUCGACCAAUCGGGGCUGUUCCUCCCCUCGCGGGACUAUUACCUCAACAAGACAGCCAAUGAAAAGGUGAGUAAAGUUCAGGUGGCUGGAGGGGGUGAGGUGGGGUCUUUUCCUACCUAUGGCUGUCAACAUGAGCUACCGUAACAAAUUAACAUAUAUUACUGUCAUAAUAAUGGCUGGAAUGGCAUAAAUGGAAUGUAUUGGAUACCACCGGCCGCCUGGGAUUACUGUAGAAUACAACACCUUUAUUAUCCCAAGCUUGGGAAUUUCAUUUGGCAUUUGAAGCUUCACAACAUCAUUAAAACACAAAAUAUCAUAAUGUCGUCAUACAUGUACUGUCUGCAGAAGAUGGCUUCCCCUCCUGUUGUAUCUGCAUAUGCUUCCAUGGAGGGGGUGGCUCACAUCAUCCAUUAUCUGUUUAUCUAAACGUUGACGUGUAUCUUGUUGUUCCAUUCUACUUUCCCUUCCACAUAGCCUGUCACAAAUCUCUCUGACACAUACCGGGCAUAUUUUACCUUAACUGACUAAGAGAAUAGUAGUGGUCACUUCACAACGGACUAGAAAUACUGAAACCUUCCACAGAAGAUGAAGCCAGCAGCAGGUGUUUCAUUUUGAUUGCUCUCAUUCUCUUGUGACUGUACCACACCAGAGUAGAGCCAGGAGUUUUGACUAACCAAUGGUGUUUCACCAGGAAAAACUCUGGGCCCUAGUUAUAGUCACUGUAGCCAGAGUUUUUUCUGAUCAGGUCAGGUGGUCAAGAAAAACUCCUGACCCUACUCUAGUCUGCAGCAUAUCCCAGGGGUGGCCAAUCCUCCUCCUGGAGACCAACUAGAUGUGCAGUCUUUUGUUCCAGCCCUACUAGGACACACCAGAUUCAGCUAAUCAAGGUCCUAAGGAGCAGCUGAUUAGAAUUAGGUGUGUUAACACUAAUUAGAGCAGGGCUAGAACAAAAUCCAGGUGGAGGGUUUUGCAAUGGAAAAUGAAAACAGGCAUUUCUCAUUGAAGAAGUUCUGGUAGUACCUGUUUUCGGACCGCUGUCUUCCAUUUGGUGGUGACUGAACACGACCCUGAGCUUAUCCUGUAUCCCCUCCCAGGUGUUGAAGGCGUAUCUGGACUACAUGGUGGAGCUGAGCCUGCUGUUGGGGGGGGAUAAAACCUCCACACAGAGCCAGAUGCAGCAGAUCCUGGACUUUGAAACGGCGCUCGCCAACAUCACAGUACCCCAGGACGAACGUCGCGACGAGGAGAAGAUAUACCACAAGAUCACCAUCGCCCAGCUGCAGGUGUGUGUGCGUCUGUGGGGUGGGGGUUACAAAGAGAGAGAACAUGUGGGCUUCCAUGUGCAAGCAAUUGCAUGGACGUGA